GCGUGCAUGUCGUCGAUCGAUCGUGUGUGUGUGUAUAGAGAAGAGAAGAGCUGACCGUACUCAUGACCUUCAGGCCGGACCGAGACAAGCUGAACGCCCACUUCGAGGGCUACAGGCUUGGCAGGAGGACCCUGACCUGCGUGACGCAGUCGUUUGCCGAGGACGUGAGCGUAGCGCGACUCAAGGGAGACGAUUUGGGCUACCAGCAUGUCCGAGCCUUCACCCUCCACAACCAUCUCGCCACUGACCCUUGGGACGGAGACAGCGUCUACUGGUGCACCAGCAACGGGGCCAUCUUAAGAGGAAGAUAUUUUGGUUCUCAAGGUGUAAAGGUGAACACCGUGUUCCAGUUUCCUGCAAGAGAGGGUCUGCUCUCCCCCAGUCAUCAAUCCUUCCGUGCUGUUCAUAACCUCUCACCUCUGUCUCUUUACCACUGGAGCCAGCUCGUCAGUCAACCUCCUGCACACCCCCCUCGUGGAGCCGGUGGAGAUGAUCCAAGUGACGAGAACGAGGAGCUUUGGAAGUUACUGGAGGAGUUGAAACUUCCCGAGGAAGAGCCGUUCAGUAUCCUUUCAGCCUCGUACAGCGAGACAGAGCAUCAGCUAAACCUGGUCACGAUGACACUUCAGAGUGCUCAUUCGGCCUCAACCAACGGAAAUGAGGAACCGUCAGAAUCUAAGCCACCGAUUGCAACGUACAACUGGUAUCGUGCGAUAUCCAUCUCCAUUCGUCUCCGGCUCAACCAUGCAGCAGUCAAAGCGAGAAAGAGGAGUCAUCAGCUAGCGGCAACUGAGAAAGUGGAAGAAACAGAAAAGGAAGGGGAAACAGAGAAGUCUGAUUCAGAGCAGUUGACUGAGGAAAUCCAGACAGCAGAGGGGGAAGAUAAGAUAUUCACAGGGCUUGGGUUUGAGGGGAAACGGGAGGAGGGGGAGAAGAUGGAGAUGGAGAAGAUGGAGGGUGAAAAGGAGGGGGAGAGGGAGAAAAGAGAGGAUGGAGAGGGAGAAGAGGGAAGAGGAGGGGGAGAGGGAGAAGAGAGAGGGGUUCAGAAGAGCCACAGUAUCAGUGGAGUCAGACAGAAGGUGACGUGGCUAUAUACUGUUCCACUCCCUGAGGAUGUGAGCAAACGAGACAUCCACUGCGAGAUUCACCGACGUGAGAUUGUAGUGGGGCUGAGCGAUGGAACCACCUUCUUGAGAGGUGUGCUGUUUGCACCCAUUAGUCCAGACUGCAGCACAUGGACCGUGGAGAAACACACUCUGGAGGUGAGUCUGGAGAAGGAGAGAGAGGGAGAGUGGGAGCGUCUCCUGACUGGAGAGGCAGAUGAUGAGGGAGAGAGAAGUGCAAUACCUCUCAGGGGACCAGUUGCCGAACAACUUAGCUCCGAAGAGUUAGAGAAGCUCAGGAAGAGGAUUGAGAUGGCUACCAACGAAGGGUCCCUAGCAGAGGCUGCUGCCAACCAUCACUCCCUAGUACAGGGGAUGUUCUAUGAGGAGUGCGAUAUCAACGACGAAGAUGCUACUUUUUACAUCUUCACCGCCACCACCACCCCAGAGCCUCAGAGGGUGCCGCUUGCUGGUCGUCAGUUUCUCUUCUCCUCGCCCUCUCUCCCACAAGCUCCACCCCUCGUCUGUCUCAAACAUGACGUGGACGCUGUUCUCUGGCAGCCAGAAACUCCGCCCACAAGCGACAGCUCGGACACGCCCCUCAUCACCUGGAAACACGUGGGAACCUUCAACGCUCUGGCCUACGUCCAAGCCGCACGACAGGACAAGAAAUUCACAGUGUGCCCUCCAAACAUGAAGUUUGCCGCACUGUGUGACUGCAGUCACCACGUCUUUGUGUACCUGCAGCCACGGGAGGGCGUGAAGGGGAACAGUGCGGCACAGUACGUAACGACCCUGAAAUCACAGGAGGACAUCCUGGGAUUGGGGGCCACUGAUUGUGGACUGCUUUUUGUUCUCAAGGAGCACGAACUACACGUCAUCGUAGUUCAAUCCUGAACAUUUUUACAUACCAAUCCCCUUAAAGCAUUCAUCUUAAUUUUUCACUCAUCCAUGACACGUGUACAUCAUAAUGUGAAUAAAUAAUACGAACACCUGCAAAAUGCACCAUUGGGAAUUGACAGAUGCUGGUAUGGACCAGCAUAGAGAACAGA